AUGGACAAGGGUCUUUUGUAUCAAGGACGGUUGUACGUCCCAACAGAUGAUAGCUUGAAAGGAGAACUCUUGGCAGAAGCUCAUAACUCUCCAUUCUCGAUGCACUCAGGGGAAGGCCCCGAGGCAGAAGAUAGUAGGCUUGCUACAACCAUUAGAUGUGUCAGAGUGGAAAUGGGAGAGCGUAGCUAUGGAUUUUAUUACGAGGUUGCCCAGGACAGUGAAGGGUUUCUCGAUGAUUUGGGUUGUGUUAGAAAGACUCACCAAGGUGGCACAUUUUAUUCUAGGAAAGCCCACGUAUGCGAGUUUGCUUACAAUAACCGCUAUCAGGAUACCAUUGGGAUGUCGCGGUUUGAAGCUCUCCCACUUACAUUUGGCAGAGCUAUCAGGUCUCUUGUUCGCUGGGGUGAGAUUGGGGAGAGGAAACUGGUAGAGACUGAGUUAAUGGAGUUGAUGAAUGAAGCCAUGCAGAAAAUCAGGGCCAGAAUGCUAGUAGCACAAAGUAGACAGAAAAGUUACGUAGAUGUUAGGCGAAAAGAUCUAGAGUUUGAAGCAGGUGACAAGGUGUUCCUAAAAGUAGUGCCGAUGAAAGGUGUCUUGAGAUUCGGGAAGAAGGGUAAGCUAAGCCUGCAUUUUGUAGGGCGAUUCGAGAUUUUGGAACGGGUCGACUUUGUGGCUCACUGUUUGGCAUUGCUACCGUCCCUCUCCGCGGUCCAUAAUGUAUUUCAUGUCUCCAUGUUGAGGAAGUAUUUAAUGGAUCCGUCUCAUAUGGUGGACUUUGAGCCCUUGCAGCUGAAUGAAAACUUGAGUUACGAGGAGAAGCUCGCGCAAAUUGUGGCCAGGGAGGUGAAAGUUUUGCGCAGCAAGGAGGUGCCAAUGGUGAAGGUUCUGUAG